CGGGGCCGAACCCGGAAGUGGAGAGCUCCGGGGCGGGCGCGCCGGGAGCGGAGCUCGGCGGCCGGGAGCCAGCGGGGGAGCCCAGCGGUCCCGAAAAGCUGAGCUAACGAACGGGCUUUGGGUUCCUCCUCACGGUGAUUGCUUGGCCCCGUGGAGUUAACACGCUGAUUUGAUUCUCACUCGUUUGCAGACCAUGAAACCGUCGGGCACGCCCCUCCAGAAGCCGUGGUCGAAGACAAUCUAGCUUUCCUUCAGAAAUCUCUGCAGACACUUAUGAAGUUCUCUUGUUCGGGGAUUGCUGUACUGCAAUGAAGAAGAGGAGAAAGGUUGCUUCCAGUCUUGACGAGAAGAUCCACCUGGGCUACCCUAAAGAGUCUCCAGAGGGAAAUGUCACAGUGCAGUGUGACCAAGUGACCUGUCCGUACUCCACCGAAAGGCCAGCCCCCGAAGCUCUCCACCGUUACCAGGAGCUCCCUCCCUCUCCAGAUCAGAGGACCCUCCUGAGUUCUUUGCAGUAUAAUAAGAAUUUGCUGAAGUAUUUAAAUGACGAUAGGCAGAAGCAGCCAUCUUUCUGCGACUUACUUAUCAUAGUGGAAGGGAAAGAAUUUAGUGCCCAUAAAGUAGUCGUUGCCGUUGGCAGUAGUUAUUUUCAUGCUUGUUUGAGCAAAAAUCCCAGCACUGAUGUUGUCACCCUGGAUCACGUCACCCAUUCAGUGUUUCAGCAUUUGCUUGAAUUUCUUUACACAUCAGAGUUUUUUGUGUACAAAUAUGAAAUACCUCUUGUUUUAGAGGCUGCAAAGUUUUUGGACAUUAUCGAUGCAGUUAAACUGCUAAAUAAUGAAAAUGUUGCAGCUUUUCAGGCAGAACUAACGGAAAAGUCAUCACCAGAAGAAACACUAAAUGAAUUAACGGGAAGACUGUCAAAUAAUCAUCAGUGCAAAUUCUGUAGUAGACAUUUCUGUUAUAAAAAGUCGUUAGAGAAUCAUUUGACUAAAGCUCAUAGGUCCCUUUUGUUAGGGAAAAAACAUGGGUUAAAAAUGCUGGAGAGAAGUUUUUCAGCAAGAAGGUCCAAAAGGAAUCGUAAGUGUCCUGUGAAGUUUGAUGACACAAGCGAGGAUGAACCAGAAAGUGGGGACGGGUCAGACAAUUUGAAUCAAGAAAGCUUUGAUAAGGAAAAGUCUGAUCGAAAUGAUUCCGAGGAUGCUGGAAGUGAAUACAAUGCUGAAGAAGAUGAGCUAGAGGAGGAAAUGUCUGAUGAAUACUCUGACAUUGAAGAACAGAGUGACCGAGAUAAUGAGGCAGAAGAAGAGGAACCUGAGGCAGGAGAUUCUGUAGGAAACAUUCAUGAGGGGUUAACGCCGGUAAUCAUUCAGAACAGUAACAAGAAAAUAUUGCAGUGUCCUAAGUGUGAUAAGACGUUUGAUCGAAUAGGGAAAUAUGAAAGCCACACCCGUGUGCACACAGGUGAGAAGCCCUUUGAGUGUGAUAUCUGUCACCAGCGCUAUUCUACAAAGUCUAACCUUACCGUCCACCGAAAGAAGCACAGUAAUGAAACCGAGUUCCAUAAAAAGGAGCACAAGUGCCCUUACUGUAACAAACUCCAUGCCAGCAAGAAGACCUUAGCCAAGCAUGUCAAGAGAUUUCAUCCUGAAAAUGCACAAGAAUUUAUUUCCAUCAAGAAGACUAAGAGCGAAAGUUGGAAAUGUGAUAUUUGUAAGAAAUCUUUUACUCGAAGACCACACUUGGAGGAACAUAUGAUUCUCCAUUCUCAAGAUAAACCUUUCAAGUGUACCUACUGCGAAGAACAUUUCAAAUCUCGGUUUGCACGGUUGAAGCAUCAGGAGAAGUUCCAUCUGGGUCCUUUUCCAUGUGACAUAUGUGGCCGCCAGUUCAAUGACACAGGGAAUUUGAAACGUCAUAUCGAGUGUACUCAUGGUGGGAAGAGAAAAUGGACUUGCUUUAUUUGUGGCAAAUCAGUGAGAGAAAGAACUACUUUGAAAGAACAUUUAAGAAUCCACAGUGGAGAAAAGCCUCAUCUUUGUAGUAUUUGUGGGCAAAGCUUUCGUCAUGGAAGCUCAUACAGUGUCUUUGUUUAUAGACUUCACUUACGAGUACAUCAUGAUGAUAAAAGAUACGAAUGUGAUGAAUGCGGAAAGACAUUCAUUCGUCAUGACCACCUUACAAAGCACAAAAAAAUACAUUCAGGUGAAAAGGCUCAUCAGUGUGAAGAGUGUGGGAAAUGCUUUGGUCGUAGAGAUCAUCUUACCGUUCAUUACAAAAGUGUGCACCUUGGAGAAAAAGUGUGGCAAAAAUAUAAAGCAACGUUUCAUCAAUGUGAUGUUUGUAAGAAAAUUUUUAAAGGAAAAUCAAGCCUGGAAAUGCAUUUUCGGACACAUUCAGGUGAAAAACCAUACAAGUGUCAAAUUUGCAAUCAAUCUUUUAGAAUUAAGAAAACUUUAACCAAACACCUGGUAAUUCAUUCUGAUGCCCGACCUUUCAAUUGUCAGCACUGUAAUGCAACAUUUAAGCGGAAAGACAAGCUGAAAUACCACACUGACCACGUUCAUGGGAUAAAGUCCCCUGAUGAUCCACUGAGUGCUCCUGAAGAAAAGCUCGUAUCCUUGCCUGUAGAGUACUCAUCUGAUGAUAAAAUCUUUCAAACAGAAACCAAACAGUAUCUAGAGCAGCCCAAAGCUUAUCCAUCAGAAGCCAAGACUCUGUUACACAGUGUGUCUGCUGAAGUGUGUGUUCCGGUUACCUUGGUUCCCGUGCAGAUGCCUGACACUCCCAGCGACCUGGUGCAGCAUACUACCACACUUCCGCCAUCCUCCCAUGAGGUCCUGCCACCCCAGCCACCCUCCACUGAUUACCCACGUGCAGCUGACUUAGCUUUCCUGGAGAAGUAUACUCUGACUCCGCAACCUGCAAAUAUUGUUCAUCCUGUCCGGCCUGAACAAAUGCUCGAUCCUAGAGAGCAGUCUUACCUUGGAACAUUACUGGGCCUCGAUAACACGACUGCUGUUCAGAAUAUCUCCAGUGGUGAUCCUCACUCGUGAGACAUUCUUCAGAUGUCCUGAUGCUUACAUGGAACGGAAGCUAACAGCUGGUGGCGUUUAAUUUAGUGAGCUGCUGUUAUUUUCACUUUCUCUAAUUUCUCAAGUCCUCUGUUUCAAAUCAAGACAAACAUGUUUCUGUUGACUGAACAUGACGCUAUUUGGACACAUUUUGGCAUAGCAGUUGACGUAAACUUUUUUGUAUUCUCAAAGAUUAUUUAGUGAUAAUUUAAUGGAUUCUGAAACUUUUCAGAAUUUUUAGUUGCUAACAUUAUGGGGACAAUUUUUUUUAAUCAGUCCAGAUUUUUAUUCUUUAGUCUCAUUCCUCUUUUUUCCCUUUCUCUUCUUACAAACAAGUUUAAGGACUUGUAGCCUUUAAAAGGAAGUUGAUAAUCAUAACUCUUUUUUACAUAAGAUUCAUUAUUACUUUAUCAACAUUUUUUAAAAUUGAAAUUAAGGUUUUGAAUAUAGGAGAAAAUCUUGGAUGUCUCUGUGUUGUCUUGCUAUCUACCCGUAAUCUUAGUUUAUCAUUAAUUGGAUUUCUGACAUAUGCCAAGCCAAAAUUAAUUAAUGUACAUUAAGUGAAAUUUAAUACUGAAAUGAUUAUUCAGAUAGAUAAUCUGGCUUUGUGUAUAUUCCAGUUAUGAAUAACAAAUGCAAACAUAGGUCUAAUCAUUAAAUUACCAAGUUGAACAUGAGUUAAAAAUAUGUGUGCUUUGAACUAGAUAUCUUCCAGGUAAAUUCACCUUUGUCAUUAUUUCAGAAACCUUAGCAGUGACACAGCAUCUAUCUUCCUGUCAUCUAGGAAGGGACAGUUACUUAGGAUUCUACUUGGCGUGUCAUUUACUUUGGCUAACUGAAAUUAGGAAACAGAACCUAGACAUUUCAAUAACUGUCUGAAAAGGCACUGAACACGUUUCUCAAAUUUGCUGAAUUUAAUGUUCUCAUUGAAUGGAAUUUCUUGUGUACGGAUUUUCAUACAAUUCAGAUCUUUAUUUUUUGCUUUCAUGUAAGCCUGAUAUCUGUACUUACCUUUGUUUCUUAUUUUUGUAUGAGACAAAAGUUGGGGACUUGGUGAAAGGGAUUAAGUAAUUACAGCAAAAAACCUCACUGUUUAAGUUUAAUUGAGGAAAAAACUCAGAAUUAUAAAAUGUCUUUAAAGAUGUGCACUUUCCAUUUCUUCAAGUCAAUUUAAACUAGGAUAUUGUUUUCCUAGUGGGAUUGCUUAAGAGUUAGAUUAGGCAGGGUGCAGGGUCGAUUUAUUGUUAACAUGCCAUUUGUAUGUAAACUACUGGAAAAAUAGCAGUUUUCUAAUUCAGUUUUGUUUACACUCCUAAUUGCUUUAAGCACUUUGUGUGUGUGUGUGCGCGCGCGCGUGUGCGCAUGUGUGUAUGUGUGUCUGUGUGUAAACUGUAAAGUCUGGCCUGGCCCAUGUAAAAAAAAAAAAUCACAAACUAAUAUGCUUUUAAUGAAUAAAAUUUAACCAGUUAGCAGUGGAGGAAACGGUUUGCUGAAGCACUUAAGAAGAAAUGAAGGUACUUUAUAAGAACAUUUGCCAUAUUCGUGAUGAUUUCAAGAAAUAAUAAUGUGGGUAACUGAGGCCGUUAACCAAAGUAGCUCGUAUAAAUAAUAAAACCAACCUGAGUUUUGCCUCAUUAUUAAGGUUUGGUUAUAAUUAUCUUAGGACCAGUAGACAUAAUGAAUGAGUUAUUUGUUAUUUUUAAAGCAUUCUUAUUUACUUUAUGUGGAAAUGCUAUAUCUAGGUACUUACACAAUGAGCUUGACUUUAAAAGGUACUGUAAGUCUGUCUUAUUGGUCUUUCAAAUUGACUGUUGUGAUCUUUAUCAAAAAGGCUGGCAAGAUUAUAGUAAGACAAAAUCUCACACUAUGUUAAAAACAGCUUAUCUAAAAUAUAUUCUGCUUUAUGUGUAAGCUAACGUAAAAACUUUAGACUUAUAAUAAGGCAAAUGGUAUGUCUGUGUAUGUAUAUGGCAUAGUGUAUAUUUGGUGGCAGGAAAAGAGAUUUGCAUUUUCACAUUAAAAAGAACACUUGGCUUUUGGAAGGGUUUUAGGAUUCUUUUAAUAAUGAUGUUCUAAUACUUUAAAUACCUGAUUUAAUUGUAGUGCUGGAUUUGCAUAGAACUUUUCUGGAAUGUAGCUCUGAAGGAAAGUGAAUAGUUGGUUUUGUUCUUCCUAUAGAUAACUUGAAUAGCAGUUUUCGGUUUUCUAAAAAUCUGUUCACAUGCUGUCUCACUGGACCCUCAUCAUCCACUCCGAAACAGAAGCGAUAGGAUGCGUUUCUCUUUGCUGAGAGAGAUUCUGAGGCUAGCAGGAAAGAACUAGUGUGGCGUCCUGUGGCCAGUGCGUGGCCAGCUCCCAGCAGCUGAAGGGGAAGUGUGCUGAUAGUGCUCCCUGUGUUCAGGCGCUCCAUCCAUUCUCCUCACAGGAAGGCUGUAUAAUUCUCACAUAGACACAGCAAACAAAACACCCACUGGGAAACAAACCUGCUGCCUCUAAUUUCCAAAAAUAGAAGAAGAAAAUUACCUGGGACAAAUCUUCGUGGAUUUGGGAAAAACUGAAUGUACAUAAAAUUUUGAAGUUGGCAUAGAAAGUAUAAAAUGAGGCCUACUCUUCUAGUUGACCUUUCUGUAGCUCUAAAACCCCUUUAUUUUGUAACUGUACUUAAGAUGUUGGGUCUCACAACUAAGUUUAGCUUCAGUGAGAAUUUUUGUGAGUAUAAUUUAUUGUUUUAAAUUAAUAUUUAGCAGAUAGCAGUUAGCACUUAAUAUGUAAAUUGAAUAAUUUAUCAAGUGCAGGACUCUAUUAACCUGAUCGGUCUUGACUUCAAUGCACCAAAGAUUUUUAGUAGGUAUUAAAUAGUUUUUAAGAAUUUACAUUCUUUGUUGUUUGAAUAAAUAUUUGUCCAAAGAAGCACAGUUGAAGUCUUAGGAUAAUGGAUUUUUUUUUUU